AAUGAGAAUGAAGCGCCAGAAUGUCCGUACACUCUCUCUUGUGGUGUGCACAUUUACGUAUCUUCUAAUUGGUGCAGCAGUCUUCGAUGCUUUGGAGUCCGACACUGAAAGCAAGCGAUGGGAAGUCCUAUCAGAUAUGAAGAAUGGUCUAGUCCGUAAAUACAACAUAACUCCGGAGGACUACCACAUGAUAGAGAUAGUAAUAAUCGAGAACAAACCGCACAAGGCUGGGCCACAGUGGAAAUUUGCUGGGGCAUUCUACUUUGCAACUGUUGUGUUGGCUAUGAUUGGAUAUGGGCACUCCACUCCGGUCACUGUGGGAGGCAAGGCAUUCUGUAUGGCCUACGCUAUGGUGGGCAUCCCCCUCGGCCUAGUGAUGUUCCAAAGUAUAGGCGAGCGUCUGAACAAGUUUGCCUCGGUGGUGAUAAGGCGGGCGAAGUGUUACCUCCGCUGCAACACCACCGAGGCCACCGAAAUGAACCUCAUGUUCGCCACCGGAAUGCUAUCGUCAAUUAUUAUUACUACGGGAGCCGCGGUGUUUUCUCGCUAUGAGGGCUGGAGCUACUUCGACAGUUUCUAUUAUUGUUUCGUUACGCUCACCACCAUCGGGUUUGGUGACUAUGUUGCGUUACAAAAUGACCAAGCGUUGACGAGCAAGCCCGGGUACGUAGCUCUCAGCUUGGUGUUCAUUCUCUUCGGGCUGGCUGUGGUCGCCGCUAGUAUCAACUUGCUCGUGCUGCGGUUCAUGACCAUGCAAGCCGAAGAGAACGCCCGCGAGGAAGACAAAGACGGAUCUCGCACGCUGCUGCCGAUUGAUAGUCACGCGAUAAUUGGCCGACAACGCUCUCACGAUGACCAGGCGUCGGUGUGUUCGUGCAACUGCCUGGGCAACAAGCAGUGCGAGGGCGGGGCCCUACUCGGCACUCCGGUGCCUCACCGCAUUCUACGGAGCCGCCUGUCGUUAGCGCCCGAUCGCCUCGAGCGCGCUUCUGUGUAAAAUGAUAAUUCAUUUAUUAUUACAAUAGUUACUUUAUUCUACAGGGGAAAAGACACAAACGUACAGCUUAUUUCUAAAAGAAUUAUCUUCAAUAAAAACAGACGUAUGGAUGGAUGGUCUGUCUGUCUGUGACACUUAUUGACUCUAUUUACUCUGGUAAAAUCCAUCACAAUACUUACAUUCGCUGAAAGCGAUUUAUUCUAGGAAUCAUUUGGUAUAACAUAAGCUAACAAUAAUAUUCCUAACUGGGCUAGUCAGAUGCUCAGUUCGCAUAAUUUCAUUGGUACCCUUUCUUUUUACCGAACCUGUGUAUCGUAUUUUUAAUUUUAAUAUUUUUAACUAAAUCUUUUAGAAAUAAUACGAUGAUCGUAUAUCUAAUUCUAAGGUUGUUAUUAAUGAAUCUAAGAUGAUUUUUGUCAAAUUAGGUCAAAUAUUAAUUUAUUAUGUGGAUUGAAAUCCAAGGUACCUAUUUUAUGGAGCACUAAGUGUUACCUAUUUUAGUCGUAAGCAAAAAAUGUUGGAGUUAAGUGAAAUUUAAAAUUAGGGCUGACAAGCAUUUAGGGGUGUCGUAAUAAGUAUUGAAUUUGAAGUCAGAAUUUUGGGUAUUUUAAACUGUGUUCAUUUUCGUAAUGUGCUGUAGCAUUCUUCCUUAUUUUAUGUCUAAUACGUCCCCACUAUUGGCCAUAGGCUACGGUUUCCACCAGUACACUAAAACGAAAAAUUAUGGAGAUCAAUGCUCCCAUGGUAUACUUAUACUAUACGCUCCAAUAUCUAUGGAGUAAUUUCGUUCCAUUGUGUUAUGAUGAUAUUUUAUGACGUAUUAAAGUGACGUAUAUUUAUUAGGUAUUUUAGAAAAAUACUUAGAUGCCAAAAGAAACGAAUCUUCCGUUGUUGAAAGUGCCAUGUUUUUCGUGAUAAUUUAAGCCAAAUGUAUAAGAUACCCUAGAUAAUUAUAAUUUAACGUACUAUUGUACUUGUUCGAAAACUUUGACACUAUUAACACUUACACCGAAAUAAAAGACAAAGAGUCUACUUUUACUUAAGAACACUCGUUUUACCACGAUCUAACGUAGAAUAGAAUAUAUUGUCAAUAAUUAAUGUGCCACAUUUUGUACCAUAUUAUUUAUAAUCUUCGUGAUCAGUGUCCAAUAAUAUCUUUGUAUUCUGACUUGCCAUCAGCUUCGUGACGAAAUAAUAUUUAUAAUCGACCUCCGUGGUCCAGUACUUGAGCUUUGGGCUCACGAGCCGGAGGUUCCCGUUGGGGAUAUAUCACAAAAAUCACUUUGUGUUCCCUGCUUUGGUUAGGACAUCUAAAGGUAAGAUGGUCCGUGCUUCGGAAGGCACGUUAAGGCGUACGUAGUCGUUACAUGCUACCCUAGUUCACGAUACGACUAUGUUCAGAACUGGGUUAGUCAGAGGUGCCUACUAUCCGUCGCAUGAUGAACUAAAUACCCACUAACACACUAAUGCACAGUAAAUAAAGACAAUAUUUGUGGAUUCACCUUCCAUUUUUAAAUAUCCUAUACUUAGUAUACGUAUGAUUAUAAUGAGUUUUUUUUUUUUAAUUAAGUUGGAUUUGCUCUUGUCUCCAUUCUUCCACGAGGUAAAGAAGGGGUCGACGGUGGAGCGAGCUUAACACACACACACACACAACAGUGUUAUAUUGAGUUGAUAGCACAAACAAGUAUGUGAUAUGAUUUGGUCUCUUUUUUUGUUAGCAUAAUGUACUUAUUCUGUUAUUUUGGGUUCAAUGUUAUAGGUAAUUAUCAAUUGUGUAUUUGUAUUUUAAUACAA